AACUCGAUCAUUUACGUUUGUACAUAUUUGCAUUUAUUGUUUUAGGCCUGCGCAAGCUGUCAAGGUGUUGAUCGCUUUGGCCGUGUACUGCACAUUCGGUCUACAGUUCUAUGUAUGCCUUGAAAUUGUCUGGGAUGGUAUCAAAGAUAAAUGCACGAAGCGACCAGUAUUUGUAAAUUAUGUAUUAAGAACCGUACUCGUCACUGCCGCCGUUGUGUUGGCCGUUUCAGUGCCAACCAUCGCUCCAUUCAUGGGACUAAUUGGUGCCUUCUGCUUUUCCAUACUUGGACUUAUAUUCCCUGUGCUGAUCGAGCUAAUCACCCAUUGGGACACCGGCUUCGGCCCAUUUAACUGGAUCCUCUGGAAGAAUGUCGUGAUUGGAUUUUGCGGUAUUGCAGCACUCAUUUUUGGAUCUAUGAGUGCUAUAAAUGACAUUGUGAAAAUGUAUACAUCAAGCCCUACGGCAGGCGAAAGCAGCACAUAGAAGCUACAGCAUUAUUACUGCCUCAAUAGCACCGAAAAUCAGAGAGCGCUUUGAUACAUGAAUUCGCACCGCUACCCACUAUGUCGCUACACCGUUGGAUAAUUUCAUUGGAUUUUAACUUUAGUACUAAGUAAAAGUACAUAAUUUAUACAAAUGUCUCUAGUAUCUCUAUACACAUACAUACAUACAACGUGUUCUAUAAAUAUACGUGUAUGUAUGUAUGUACAUAUAUGCAUGUCUAGGCUGAAAAAUUAGGGGAAACUAUUUUUUAGAUAUACUAAUAGCGAACCCGUGUAUUAAAAAAGUGCCUCUUUGUAAAAUUUAAAUUUUUAUUAAGUUUAAAAUAGAAAUGUAUAUCACUCAAACAACUUUUGCUUUAAUAGAUAAUAUGUGCAUUCAUAACGGUAUUAAGUACCAAAUAUUCUCGUUGUGAUUGCGCUUUGUAUAUACAUAUGUAAAUGUAGUUAACAUUUCCAAUUGUUGAUUGAAGGUUUAUGAGAAACUCCUGAUUUUAGAGCGUAUCAUUUUAGGUUGCUGAUGGCUCAUUCAACAUAGUUGUGUACAUAUUUAUAUAUAAAUGAAUCCAUGUACAAUGUAGGCCCUUAUUCAUUAGCUUUUAAUGUUUUAAAGUUUUUUUAGUAAUACUAAAUAAGUAGUACUUCAAAAUAUUGUAUUUUUACAUUUUUCGCUUUUGGAAAAAUUCACUACAUACUUAUGUAGUAUUUGACAUCAGUAGGCCAUCCAUUUUUAAUUACUCAAAAUCGAUUUAUGUAAUUAAAAGUUUAUUGUAUGAAGAAUAAUUAUGAAAAUCAAGUAAAGAGGUUCUAAAUAUUAAAUACAGUAUAUUACUUUAGGUUUUAUGGGCUUAGAAAAUAACAGACUUUCAAAAUAUUUCUUCAUUAUGCAGCUUAAACUGGGAUGAAAAAAUAUCAACGUGCCCAUAAAAACGUUGGCGCAUAAUUUUUAUGACUAUGGUUGCAUUUAAACAAAUACUCGCGAAUACAUUAAUAGUCAAUGAAGGGAAUCUUUACUUAGCAUUAUAUUUACAUGGUCAAUUUGCAGACAUGCAUACCAGACCCUCCAUUUGUCUCCGGUAAUAAAUACUUAUGUAUGUAUGUACAUAUAACAUGCAUGUGUUUGUACAUAAUCACAUGUUAUGUGGUUAUAUAAAUCCAACCGAAUUCAAAAAUAAAGAAUUAUACUAUUUUUGAUGCGUUUUUAAUAAACCUUUACCAAGAAGUUACUAAAA